AUGUCACAAUCAACUGAACCGAGGCCAGUUGAUGAAUGUGCGAUGGGCAAGUUGAGUUGUAGCACGUUUGCCAGCUCAACUGCCUCCAGAGCCGGACGAGUUGUCUGUUCAACCUGCUCUUCGGCCGGGAUCCAGUGCAGCCAGAACCGGUCUCUGCAACCGACCAGAUUUGAUUCGCUGUCGCUGACAAGCCACCAGCUCGGCCAUUUUGGCUCUGCCGCCUCUUCUGUUUGCAGCCGGCCACGGUCGGUGCCACGAGCUGACUCGUCCAGCUUGCAUCCAGUGCAUUGCGUCUAUUUAUCCGUUUCCAUAGCCUCAGCCAUGGCAACCGACUGA